AAGUAACGCAUUGAUGUGGCGCUGGGGUUGGUUUUAAGUUUCACUUGAACGGACAGACCAAGAAGAGAAACACUGACCCCAACUUCUGAGAGUAUCGCAGUAAUACUUCAGAGAAUAUGCAGUAAAUACAGGAAAACAGUUGUAAAAACGUGUACUGUGUAAGCAGGAUUACUAUUGGAGUACUAGUGUUAGUGUAAGUAGUAGUAUUGGUAGUGAGUUAUAGUGGUACUUUAUACUCAGAUGGCCAAAUGGGGAGAAGGAGAUCCUCGAUGGAUUGUGGAGCAGAGAGCUGAUGGAACAAAUGUCAACAACUGGCACUGGUCUGUUUAUUAUUAUUAUUAUUAUUAUUAUUAUUAUUAUUAUUAUUAUUAUUAUUAUUAUUAUUGUUGUUGUUGUUGUUGUUGGUAUAAGUAGUGCUGGCUAUCUCUUAUAAAAACUACUCUGUUUUGUUGAAUGUUUUUGUUCUGUUUAUUCAAAUGUUUUGUUUUAUCUUUACAGUGUAAGUGUUUUGUUUUAUCUUUACAGUGUAAGUGUUUUAUAUUUAUCCCCCCAGCUGCUUCAGCACAUGUUUAGUUAUUUUUAAACUGGAUGACACUUGGUACGUCAGAGAUGGGCGGGUCAGCUCUCUAAGUUUGGACAGCUGUUGAUUCCUUUCCUCUGCCAUCUGUGUGUCUCUGUCUCUGUGUCUGUGUCUUUACGGCCUUCUCAGGACAGAGCGUGAUGUAAGCGGCUGGUCCUCAGACCGUCUCCGUCAGCUGUUGGAGGGAGUCCGGGUGGAGGGGCCGGAGGGGGUGUGUCAGCUGACGGACAUCUCCAAACUGGACGGGGAAGCCUCCAUCAACAACCGGAAAGGGAAACUUUUCUACUUCUACGAGUGGCAGCUCAAAGCUAAUUGGCUGGGUCAGUGAUGAUGUCACCGUGUGCCCCAAUCUUUAAAAAUGUGACUGUCAGCUCAAAAUAAAAAUGAAAAAAAUGAGAAAUGUCCUCAAAACAGAUAUAGUACAGAUAUAGUAAGAACGGAGGGUUAAUAAGGCUCCAUCAGCUUUCUGCUGUAGUGAGUACCUUUUGCUUUGUUUCUUGUCUGCAGGGACGUCAAGCAAGGGUCUGAAGUACAGAGGUACUGUUGAAGUGGCCAACCUGUCAGACGAGAACGACAUGGACGAUCUUGAUGUGCGUCAUCACCUCCUGACCACACUGAUCCUGGUGUAAAUAUUUUAACUUUGAUUGGUUAUUGAUCUUAUUGAUGACAGAUCACAGCGUCCCUGUGUAAAGACCAGCCCAGCACGCCACUCCUUGACCUCAUGAAGAAGAAAGGCAUCCAGGAGGUGCGGAGGGUUUUGGGAGAGUAUGUCUGCCAACUCAAGUCAGGUAUGUCACCUACAAUGCAUGACAGCGAGCCAAUCAGUGAUUCUUGUGGUAACCUGAGUGACCUGUGACCUCACAGAGUUCAGCCAGGGGAUGAUCCUGCCCACCGCCAAUGAAGCGAAACCUCAAACCCAGAAGAAGACUCAAUCCCAGACCAGUAAAACACAGGUGAAGUUUAGUUUAGCUAACUAAAUCCAAAACUUAACGUCACCCUAUUUAAAUAAUGGCCGAAGUUAUUAUUUUAAUGAAAAUGAGUCCUUGGUCUAAAUCAUCUCUUGAUAAUGCUCGCCAUCUCUGGUAAAAUCCCCUUAAGGAUCAAAGGAUCAUGGCAUGAUCCUUCCAACUAAAGAUUUAGGCAAUUCUACUAGAGAUAGCAAGCAUUAUCAAGAGAUGAUUUAGACCAAGAACUCAUUUUCGUCAAAAAAUGACAUAGGCCAUUAUUUAUUUUAAUAGGGUGAUAAGUCUUUUAACUGACCUCUAAUUUCUCCAACAGAUUAGCUCCGCCCCCAAAUGCUCUCCUAGCCCCACCUCCUGCUCCACAGGCGUUCGGAUCUCAACCUGCAACUUCAGCCUGAAUGAAACCUUCCAGACAUCUGCUGACGAGCUCUACAGGACUUUCAUCAACCAGGAGGUACCAAACCAAGACGUAGCUAAGACUGAACUAGAAUGUUCCCGACUCCACUAAAUGGAAGCUAGGAUCUAGUAGACAGACCAAGAUGAAUCAAAUCUAGUCCCUCUGUCCCAGGAACCAUUAAACCAGGACAAACAUGAGAAAAAGAGCUUGCAUCCAAAAAUCACUUCAUCAAACGAGGUCACAUUAAAGGAUUAACUAAAUAUCAGCAGGUCCCGGGCUCAUCAAUGCAGAAUCACCACAAAAGGUCAAACCAGGAUACAGACCAGAGCCAGGUUUCUGCUACACAUGCUCACUGUCUAAUUAGCCCCUCUCAAAACCUAGACCAGAACCCCUGAUAUUACUGACAGGAACCUUUACAAACUCAAACCAAAAUCUUUCCGAAAGACAACCUGAACCUCACAAGUGCAAACCAAGACCAAGGCAGAUUAGAGCCCCCCCAAAGUGAGACCUAAACCAUUUCAAACUGACCAGAACCUCUUACAGCCUAGAACCUUUUUAUAAUCUCAGACCAGAACCUGUCCCAUGAAUAGAGACCCCUCCUGAAAAAAAAAAGAGCCAGAAACUUGAAAAACCAAAACCCCUCCAAACCCAGACAAGAACCCCUCCAAAUACAAACCAGAUUUUCUACAAACUUUUAUCAGAAUCUCUCAACACCUGGACCUGGAACUGCCUAAACCAGACCAGAACCUUUACAUCACGGAGACCUAAACCUUUACUCGAUAAGCACAGACCAGAUCCUCUUCAAACACAGACCACAACACCUCAGAAACAGACUGCAGCAAAACUGUAGCAUUCCGUACUUCUGCCUCAUUACUUCACAAUUACUCCAGUGUUAUUGCAGUAAUACUGCAGUAACUUGUACCUGUCUGCAGUUUGUACAGGUGUUUACACGCUCAGUGGCGGUGGUGGAUGGACGUCGCGGUGGGAAGUUCCAGCUGUUAGAUGGGAGCGUCAGCGGAGAGUUCACACAGCUGGUGAGGUUACAGAUGCUCCUCAAUCAGUGAUGAGUCAUCACAUUACCAUGGUAACCAGACUGUUGAUAAUCCCUGUAGGUACCGGACCAGAGGAUUGAGAUGAGGUGGCGGUUCAGGACGUGGCCUAACGGUGAGUCCACUUGGUGUGGUAGAUUGUACUGCAGGCUGUGUUCAGGAACAGUCGGAAUUCUGAGCACUAUAUUCUUGACCCUCCAAUAGAACAUUACGCCACCAUCAGUCUGGAUCUGCAGGACCAAGGAGAUGAAACCGAGCUGAGGAUGGAGUGUCGAGGAGUUCCAGCUGGGGAGGAGGACUCCACUAGAGAGGGCUGGACCCGGUUUUACUUCCAGGCCAUCAAGCAGACAUUUGGAUACUGACAGACUAUGGAGCAGUAAAGACUGAGAGAGGGAGGGGGCCUUCAGAUCCAGAUUUCUGAGGAGACACACUCUGGUUUACUGUCUCCUUCAGGGUCAGAUCAGAGUCAUCCCUGUGAACUCUACAGAGACAGGAAAAGGUUUGCCUGGCGUGACAUAAAGAGUUCAGUCUGAUGGAAACUGCUGAAGUCUAUGAGACGAAAACCCGCUGAGCUGCGUUCACUUUUGGACUGUACCUUUAAAGAUUGACAUGACUGAAGCAGCAUUUCAAUAUAAGAGUCAACAAGCUGAAUACUGAAGUUUCCUCAGGCUGUCAGGAUCAGGAUGUCAGAGUCAGGAUCAGGACUACAGGCAGUGGAACAAAAAAUAAAAUGAUUUGUUUUGA